AAGUUGGAUGUGUUAGUGUUGUAAACGACUCUUAAGUCGAAAAAUGGCGUGUUCACGCCACGUCAAGAAAAGUGCUCCAAAUUCCCUUCAAAUGCGACUUAUUUGGGCGUCAAAACUUAGUUGAUUGUAUGUCUGGACGUGCAUUUAUAUAAAGGGUAUCUUUUAGAUUUCACGUAACUUAUUGCUGACAGGGCCAGGGGUGGUUGAUUAUAUCUUCUUCAAUAUUGAUUGAAAAUAUGGAAUAGAUCUGUCAAAAUGAUGAUGAAAUCCUUCACCAAGGCUCCGAACACUAUUGCACUAUGUGCAGCUGCAAACUUCAUAAAUGCUGCAGACAGGGUAAUCAUGCCAAUAGCCAUCAUACAGAUGACAGAUCAGUUCAAAUGGGACCUCCAUGGACAGGGAUGGGUACUGAGUUCAUUUGCCGCAGGCUAUAUGGGAAGUAUGGUCAUUGGUGGUAGUGCUGCAAAGAAAUAUGGUGGAAAAAAUAUCCUGACACUGGCAGUGUUCCUCUGGUCAUUGUCUACAUUCAUUACUCCAUUUUUUGCCCACUCCAUUUAUGCUCUCAUUGCUUUGAGAGUGAUAUUAGGGGUUGGUGAAGGCUUAGGGUUGCCCACCAUAUUCCACAUAUUUGCUCACACCAUUCCAGUGGAAGAAAGAUCAAGGGCUUUUGGAUACUUAGUCGCUCUUGGUUCAGUUGGACAAACCAUCGCUGCUGUGGUUUGCCCUCAUCUCCCAUGGCAAUGGAUGUUUUAUUUGUUUGGUUCCUUGGGCUUUGUUUGGGUGCUAUUUUGGAUUGUUUUGUAUACGGAAGUGCGGGCUGUUGGUGAUGAAGAGGAAUUCAUUCAACCACCAAAGGUGAACAAUAGUAACGUGAGGUGGAUAGAAUUUAUAAAUCACUGGCCGCUCUGGUCAAUAUACAUAGCUCACUUUAGUAUGAAUUGGUCAAACUAUAUCAUAAUGCAAUGGCUACCAACAUAUAUGACACGACACUUAGGUGCAGAAAAACAUGACAUCAUGUUUACAGCUGUGCCUUAUGUCAUGAACUCAUUAGUUGGUGUAGCUGCUGGGCACUUUGCAGAUAACUUAGUUAGUCAAAAAUGGACAGUGCUGUCUGUGCGGCGUCUCAUGACAGCAAUAGGUUUACUUGGACCAGGCAUCUUCUUGCUGUUCUUUAGUGCUGUAAAUAACUUGCUGCUUGCUGUAAUUUUUGUAUCCAUAUCAAUGGGCUUAAGUGCUUGUAAUUCAUCUGGACAUCUCAGUAAUCAUGCAGAUGUCGCCCCUAGUCAUGCUGGUAUUACAUUUGCUGUUUCAAAUACUCUGGCGACAAUCCCAGGUAUAACGUGCGGACCUCUAACCGCCGAGCUAGUGACUUCAUCAGGAGGGCGAUGGUUCCCAGUCUAUGUGAUAGCAGCUGCUGUGAACUUUGCCGGCGGAAUAAUCUAUCUGAGCCAGAGUGCUGCUAGCCAGGUUUUAUAACACUCGCAAAUAUAGAAAAUAUAAACUGUUAUUUUCUCAAUAUGCCAUGUCAGUUAUCUACUUCAAUGAAAUGAUUAUUCUGUACUAAAUCAUGAGUCAAGCCGAAGUCUGUAAUUUGUACAUUGAACGUUUUGUGCUGUAUUUAAUAUCUGUUGUGACAGAUGUUAACUCUGGUGUUUGUUUUCAAUACAUGUAAACACCCAGUCUGUCAGUCACUAACUGUGUAUUUGACCUUGGUUAUGAAGAGAGCCCUCACUCAUCUAGAACCUUGUGUUGCACGUAGAUGUACAUAAUGUACUUAUCUUAUUGUUGUCACUGCUUCAGUGUGGUCAUAUAGUCUGGUAAUCAGUCCACAGAUUUUAGAAAAAUGAUCAUAAAUUGCUCAUCAAAUGCUACUGCAUAUGAAAUUGUAGACAUUCAAAUCUUUUUCAUCGGUUGGUUUAACUUUCAUUCCUUGAUAAACGAUGGAAGGACCCAUUACGUUUAUACUUGUACUGUACCUAACAUACGUAGUAGUACAAGCUGAACAGAGGUGGGGACAUAUUCCAGUGAAUCAAACUGAAUGGGUGUCAUGUUUUAAGUCAGCUCUGUUUCCUUAUAGAACAAAUACAUGCAGGGCCAUUUGUCUUGAUAUAAGAUCUCCACAUUUCUGUAGUUAGGUUGCUUGCUAGGUUGUUUUGUUUUCAUUUAAAUGUGUGCCAUUUUCUUUUACUUCUUUUCUCUGUCUGCCAUUGCCGUGCUGUUGAUUAUUCUCAAUGCUGAUAUGGACACAUAAACUGCUUCCAUUGCACUGAUUGAAUGUCCGAAUUUUGGCGAUGGUGUGGAACAGAGUUUUUGUGAAACAGCCGAGUUUCUCAGGUGGUGGGAGGGUUAGUAUGUUAAGGUCCCACCAUUUCAAGAAGGCACAGGGUGUUGCUAUUCUUUCUAUUAUUAGCUCACCUCUUAGCAGAGGUGAGCUUAUCCCAUACCGUGGCGUCCGUCGUCCGUCGUCGUCGUCGUCGUCGUCGUCGUCCGUCGUCCGUUAGCAGGGCACGUUUCGUAACUGUUAGAGCUAUUGAGUUGAAACUUGGUACACAUGUACCCUUAUGUAAUGACACCUUGGAGACCAAGUUUCGGUCCGAUUCGUUUUAUGGUUUGGCCACCAGGGGGCCAAACGUUAAAAGUGAAAAUAUGCAAUAUCUCCCUUAAUAGUAGUCGGGAAAUUUUGAAAAAAAUAUGGUAGGUACUU